ACAAAAAACAAAAAACCAUGUGCCCCAACCCAUGUGGCUCCAACGUAGCAGACAGAGGAGAAUCACAGGCGGGUAGACGUUGAGAUCAUCAGAGUGGACACAUUUUGUGAAGCCGUUGAACUCCGAACUCACUUGCAGCCCAAGGAAAGCCAUGCAGGAUGAAGAUGGAUAUGUCACCUUAAAUAUUAAAGCUCAAAAACCAGCUCUGACUUCAGUGGAACCUGCUUCCUCCCCUUUGUGGCGCGUGAUGGCUUUGACUCUGCUGGUCUUAUGCGUGGGGAUGGUCGUUGGGCUGGUGGCUUUGGGGCUUAUGUCUGUCAUGCAGCAAAACUACCUACAAGCCGAGAAUGAAAAUCUCUCAGGAACUCUGAAACUGUUAGUAAAGAAGGUCUGUCAAGAUUUAAUACAACUAUCAGGACAAAAGGAAAGUCAUAAGUGCAACCCAUGUGACACAAACUGGCGAUACUAUGGAGACAGUUGCUAUGGAUUCUUCAAGCACAACCUGACGUGGGAAGAGAGUAAGAAGUACUGUAUUGACGUAAAUGCUACUCUUGUGAAGAUCACCAGCAAGAGCAUCCUGCAAUAUCUCAAUAGCAGGACUGGAUUAAUUCGUUGGAUUGGAUUGUCCCGCCAGAAAUCCAGUGACGUCUGGAGGUGGGAAGAUGGCUCAGUUCUUUCCAAAACUGAGUUGCAGCUUUCUGGAACUGGAACAGAAAAUAUGAACUGUGCUUAUUUUCAUAAUGGAAAAAUUCACCCUACCUUCUGUGAGAAUAGACAUUACUUAAUGUGUGAAAGGAAAGCAGGCAUAGUAAAGGUGGAACAACUACUUUAAUGCAAAGACAGGGGCAGAAUGUCACGGAUAAGUGCUUCAUUGUACAAUAAAAGAUCUGGGCGAAGGAA